GAGGGGGCGCGCGCGGGUGUGAGCGUGUGUCCGUGUGCGAGUGUGUGUGCGCCGGGCGGGCGGGCACUGCAGCUUCUUCCUCCGUGGAGCGGAGAGCGACAGAGCUAGAGCGAGCGGGCGAGCGGCGAAGGCGGGCAGAGGGGCGCGGGCGAGGCGGCGCAGCCAUCCCCGGCCCGGCGCCGCGCCGCCACCAUGCUGAACAACCUGACGGACUGCGAGGACGGCGAUGGGGGUGCCAACCCGGGUGAUGGCAACCCCAAGGAGAGCAGUCCCUUCAUCAACAGCACCGACACGGAGAAGGGAAAAGAAUACGAUGGCAAGAACAUGGCCCUGUUCGAGGAGGAGAUGGACACCAGCCCCAUGGUCUCCUCCCUACUCAGUGGCCUGGCCAACUACACCAACCUGCCCCAGGGAAGUAGGGAGCAUGAAGAAGCCGAGAACAAUGAGGGUGGAAAAAAGAAGCCAGUUCAGGCCCCACGCAUGGGCACCUUCAUGGGCGUCUACCUGCCGUGCCUGCAGAACAUCUUCGGCGUCAUCCUCUUCCUGCGGCUCACCUGGGUGGUGGGCAUUGCAGGCAUCAUGGAGGCCUUCUGCAUGGUCUUCAUCUGCUGCUCCUGUACGAUGCUCACAGCCAUCUCCAUGAGUGCGAUCGCCACCAAUGGUGUUGUGCCUGCUGGUGGCUCCUACUACAUGAUUUCCAGGUCUCUGGGCCCAGAAUUUGGGGGCGCCGUGGGCCUCUGCUUCUACUUGGGCACUACCUUUGCUGGGGCCAUGUACAUCCUGGGCACCAUCGAAAUCCUGCUGGCUUACCUCUUCCCAGCUAUGGCCAUCUUCAAGGCAGAAGAUGCCAGUGGGGAGGCAGCCGCCAUGUUGAACAAUAUGCGUGUGUAUGGCACCUGUGUGCUCACCUGCAUGGCCACUGUGGUCUUUGUGGGUGUCAAGUAUGUCAACAAGUUUGCCCUGGUUUUCCUGGGUUGUGUCAUCCUCUCCAUCCUGGCCAUCUAUGCUGGGGUCAUCAAGUCUGCCUUCGACCCACCAAAUUUCCCGAUCUGUCUCCUGGGGAAUCGCACACUGUCUCGCCAUGGCUUUGAUGUCUGUGCCAAGCUGGCUUGGGAAGGAAAUGAGACAGUGACCACACGGCUCUGGGGCCUUUUCUGCUCCUCCCGCUUCCUCAACGCCACCUGUGAUGAGUACUUCACCCGAAACAAUGUCACAGAGAUCCAGGGCAUUCCUGGUGCUGCCAGUGGCCUCAUCAAAGAGAACCUCUGGAGCUCUUACCUGACCAAGGGGGUGAUUGUGGAGAGGCGUGGGAUGCCCUCGGUGGGCCUGGCAGAUGGCACCCCUGUCGACAUGGACCACCCCUACGUCUUCAGUGAUAUGACCUCCUACUUCACCCUGCUGGUUGGCAUCUACUUCCCCUCAGUGACAGGGAUCAUGGCUGGUUCUAAUCGCUCUGGGGACCUGCGGGAUGCCCAGAAGUCCAUCCCUACCGGCACCAUCCUGGCCAUCGCCACCACCUCUGCUGUCUAUAUCAGCUCUGUUGUCCUGUUUGGGGCCUGCAUUGAGGGGGUCGUCCUGCGGGACAAGUUUGGCGAAGCUGUGAAUGGCAACUUAGUGGUGGGAACACUGGCCUGGCCAUCUCCCUGGGUCAUUGUCAUCGGAUCUUUCUUCUCCACCUGUGGGGCAGGGCUGCAGAGCCUCACGGGGGCCCCUCGCCUGCUGCAGGCCAUCUCUCGGGAUGGCAUAGUGCCCUUCCUUCAGGUCUUUGGCCACGGCAAAGCCAACGGAGAACCAACCUGGGCACUGCUGCUGACGGCCUGCAUCUGUGAGAUUGGCAUUCUCAUCGCCUCCCUCGACGAGGUCGCCCCCAUCCUCUCUAUGUUCUUCCUGAUGUGCUACAUGUUUGUGAACCUGGCCUGUGCAGUGCAGACCCUGCUGAGGACACCCAACUGGAGGCCACGCUUUCGAUAUUACCACUGGACCCUCUCCUUCCUGGGCAUGAGUCUCUGCCUUGCCCUCAUGUUCAUCUGCUCCUGGUAUUACGCGCUGGUGGCCAUGCUCAUUGCCGGGCUCAUCUACAAGUACAUCGAGUACCGCGGGGCGGAGAAGGAGUGGGGUGAUGGGAUCCGAGGCCUGUCUCUCAGCGCUGCCCGCUAUGCCCUCUUGCGCCUGGAGGAGGGGCCCCCGCACACCAAGAACUGGAGGCCUCAGUUGCUGGUGCUGGUGCGCGUGGACCAAGACCAGAAUGUGGUGCACCCCCAGCUGCUCUCCUUGACCUCCCAGCUCAAGGCCGGGAAGGGCCUGACCAUUGUGGGCUCCGUCCUGGAGGGCACCUUUCUGGACAACCAUCCCCAGGCCCAGCGGGCGGAGGAAUCCAUCCGGCGCCUGAUGGAGGCGGAGAAGGUGAAGGGGUUCUGCCAGGUGGUGAUCUCCUCGAACCUGCGUGACGGCGUGUCCCACCUCAUUCAGUCCGGGGGCCUCGGGGGCCUGCAGCACAACACGGUGCUCGUGGGCUGGCCCCGCAACUGGCGGCAGAAGGAGGACCACCAGACCUGGAGGAAUUUCAUCGAGCUGGUGCGGGAAACCACAGCUGGCCACCUGGCCCUGCUGGUCACCAAGAACGUGGCCAUGUUUCCCGGGAACCCCGAGCGCUUCUCGGAGGGCAGCAUCGACGUCUGGUGGAUCGUGCACGACGGAGGCAUGCUGAUGCUGCUGCCCUUCCUGCUGCGGCACCACAAGGUGUGGCGGAAGUGCAAGAUGCGCAUCUUCACUGUGGCCCAGAUGGACGACAACAGCAUUCAGAUGAAGAAGGACCUGACCACCUUCCUCUACCACCUGCGCAUCACUGCGGAGGUGGAGGUGGUGGAGAUGCACGAGAGCGACAUCUCGGCUUACACCUAUGAGAAGACGCUGGUGAUGGAGCAACGCUCCCAGAUCCUCAAACAGAUGCACUUGACCAAGAACGAGCGGGAGCGGGAGAUCCAGAGCAUCACCGAUGAGUCUCGAGGCUCAAUCCGGAGAAAGAAUCCAGCCAACACUCGGCUCCGCCUCAACGUCCCAGAGGAGACAGCUGGCGACAGCGAGGAGAAGCCAGAGGAGGAGGUGCAGCUGAUCCAUGACCAGAGUGCUCCCAGCUGCCCCAGCAGCUCGCCGUCCCCAGGGGAGGAGCCUGAAGGGGGGGGCGAGGUGGAUCCCGAGAAGGUGCAUCUCACCUGGACCAAGGACAAGUCUGUGGCAGAGAAGAACAAGGGCCCCAGUCCUGUCUCCCCCGAGGGCAUCAAGGACUUCUUCAGCAUGAAACCGGAGUGGGAGAACUUGAACCAGUCCAACGUGCGGCGCAUGCACACGGCCGUGCGGCUGAACGAGGUGAUCGUGAAGAAGUCCCGGGAUGCCAAGCUGGUGUUGCUCAACAUGCCCGGGCCUCCUCGCAACCGCAACGGCGAUGAGAACUACAUGGAGUUCCUCGAGGUCCUCACGGAGCACCUGGACCGCGUGAUGCUGGUCCGCGGCGGCGGCCGCGAGGUCAUCACCAUCUACUCCUGAGAGCCGGGACCUGCCGCCCGGGCCCGGGCGCGCCCGGCCCGCGCCCCCCGCCGCUGUCACCGUUUACAUACAGACCCCGUGCCCGUGCCCCGGCCCCUUUUCCCGCUGCCUGAAGCCCGAGGCCACGCCCGCCGCGGCUGACUCGGAGAGGGCACGCCGCGUUGGCCCGGGGGUCUGUGGGCCCCGGCUGCGCUGCCCCGAUGCUGAGCCCGGCCUCGCCCCGCUGGAGGAGACGCUGCAAUAAAGGUCGGGAGGAGGCGCGGGGAGCGGAGGAGCUGGGGCCCGAGGACCCCAGCAGUCGGCGCGGCCCCUGCCCCUUCCCCGCCGCGCCGCGGUCCUCGCGCUGCGCUCGUGCGCUCCGGGCGGUCCGAGGCGCCCUUCUCGCCGCGCCGCGGGGGCCGCGCCGGCCGAGCCUAUACAUAGUGUACAGGAGACAUAGCGUGUAUUUUUAACGUCCCCAUAUUUACAUGACGAGAAGCGCAACGGACUUCUCUUCGCGCCGCUGUCGAGCUCUCCCGCCGGGGGCGCCCGGGGGAGGUAGAGCCCCGGGCGGCGGGGUUUCCCUAGCCGUCUGCGGGAUUCUGAGAGCCCAAGUGCUUUAGGCCCAGGCGGGGGUCGUGGUCCUGGCCCCUCGACACCCCCGCCCUGCUCUCGCCUCCUCGCCUCUUGCGCGUGCCCUCGGCUUCCCCUCGUCCCUCCUGUUCUUUCCGGAGACUGAGACAGACCAGCGUCCGACUUCUGGAUUCACCCUCUCUCCCCUCGGCUCUUAUGCAAGUUGGGGCCAGGAUAGGGGAGGGGCGCUCGUCCAGGAGGAGCGGGCGAGACAGGCCCGCGCCCCACCGAGGAAGCCCCGCCCCGGUGCCUUCGCCGGGGAGCAGGCGUCUCUCCCCAGUCGGCUUGUCGCCUGCUCCCCCUAUUCCACGGCUCCUCGCCAAAGACUGAAAUCGUGGAGCUGGAGGGCGCCUCCUUCCCAGUCUCCUCCCUGGGACAGGUGAGGCGGCGGGGGGUGACUCUGGUUUAGGGAGGCCCCAGCACCACCCGUGAUGUUCCCUCCCCUGUCCCCAGCUCCCGCCUCGGGGACCCAGCCACCUUCUGGGUUCUGGGGCCCGAGCCCGCUGCCCAGCGGCGGCCGCCAGCUGUCUCCUAGGCUCCUGAGCCUGGAGGCGGGCUGGAGUCGCCAAGGCGCCUUGCUCUGAGCGCCUCUCUGCCCUCCUCUACCCGGGACCCGAGGCCCUCGGCUUUCCCACCUCCAGUCCCGGGCGCUUCCGCUCCACAGCCCGGUCAGAGAGGCGUUGGCUGGGUUCCCUUCCCCCAGGGCACGUUUCGCAGGGGGACAGGCACUGCAUGCUCGUUCCAGCACCCUCUGGGACUGGGUACAGUACCUCCAGCCCCAGAGCCCUGACCUGCACACCUAGUUAGGACAUCCUGCCCCCGCCCCAGAGCUGGGGACCCCGGGCACUCCUGACCUCACCACCUCCUGUCCUUUGAGCCUGAGGCAGAGCUGCAGCUGGUGCCAUCUAGACAGGGGUGCGUGCGUGCGUGUGCAUGUGUGCGUGUGUGCGUGUGCAGAGGGGAGGUCUGGAGGGCUGCUGGUUAGGUCAAGGCCUCUGGUAUUUCCAACAAUCAGGGGGCUGCACAGAUUCUCCCAGCACCAAUCAGGAAGUUGGAGGCUUUAGACACCAGCCCCCUGCAUCCUUCCAACGACCUCCCUCUGAGAACACAGCUGGGUCCCUGAGCGCCUGGGCGGCUGCAGUGGGCUGGAUGGAAGUGGGCAGGGGCUGCGAUACCACCACGUAGGGAAAGAAAGUUGCACUCUGGGCCCAGACUGUCUGGUUGGCAAGAGCUAAGUUUCCGUUGAUGAAAAAAACAAAUCCCACAACAAAAACCCAAGUUCUCUGUGCUACACGUGCAAUAUUUGUUAUGAAUGUUAUCCCAGUCAUCCAUCAGAUUAUCUUUAUAAAAACCACUGUAGCUAGGUGUUUCAUGUCCAUCCAAGUGACUUUUAUUCUGAGUGCAAUAUUUCAAUAGCCUUGUAGUGGUGACUAGUGUUGCUUCCGUUUUAGCCAAUCCGUGUGCAGAGCCCUUGUAAAUAGGAGAGGUUGCAGACCAAAUCAGAGUAUUUAUUACUAUUAUCACUAUUAUUACUAGGCCUGCCUUUCACUUUGUGUUCUGGUAUUCCGCAUCCUGCCUCAGUACUGCUCUUGUGUUCUUUGUGCCAAUACGAAAAGGAGAGGGUUGGUUCUUUCCUUCAGUGUUGAAUGCUCCCAUUUAAUGCUUUAUGGCUUUUACUGUAUUUUUUAGAUUCCUGUCUGCACAAAAUGCAAUAAAAAUAAUUUUAUUAUACCCUU